AUGGCGAACGCGCCCGAUAGAUAUACCCUGUUCCUCCUCCAGCCGGGGGAACAGCGCAUCGAGGUGCAGGAGGACAUGCGCAUACCAAAUGCGGCCACCUUUGUGUUUAAUAAGGAAGAUCACACCCUGGGCAAUAUGCUGCGCCAUGCUGUUCUGUCCAUGCCGGGCGUGCUCUUCUGUGGCUACAAAGUGCCGCAUCCCCUUGAGCCGCGUGUUCUCGUCAAGAUUCAGACGGACGGUAGCCAGACGCCCGUCGAAGUGCUGCAGCAGGCCUGCACAAAACUCAUCGUUCACAUCGGCUCGCUGAAGCAAAACUGGGCGAAGGAGGUGCGUCUCGGCACAGACAGUGGUAGCUAUGGCACACAGCUCUGGCCGUCGUACGAGCCAGGUGCACCCAUGGCCGGCAGCGACUAUGACGCCGACCGCGCCGCUGGCGGUGCUUUGGGUGGCUAUGUAGAUAUGUAG